AAGAGCACAUUUGUCAAUGUUCUUUUGGGGCAACAACUUCUGCCAACAUCUUACAAUGCAGCAACAUCUGUACUUUAUGAAGUCAAAUAUGGAGACCACAAAAUGGCCAAAGUGCAUUUUUCAAGUCAAACAAUGCACAAAACAAUAGAAUAUGAUCUCACAGACCCUAUGCAGCAACGGGAUCUAUGGCGCUGCAUUUCUUGUAGUGGAGUGACUAAGGAUGGCCAAACUACAGCAUGUUCUAAAGCAGAGAUUUUCUGGCCUUUUGAAUUCUUAAAGGAUUUCACAUUGAUUGACAGUCCUGGAAUAGCAGGGUCAGAAGGUACCAACAAUGCUGCUCGACUGAUUACUGAAGAGUGUCGACAAAGUCAAGCGUGUGGAUACAUUUAUAUACUAGAUGCAAGUGUGUCUGCUGAAGAAGCUGCACAGGUCAGUGAUUUACUCAUGGCAAUAAUUGAAAGCUUGAAGAUUCGUCCUGUGCCUGGAUCAGCUUUAUUUUUGGUGAAUAAAUGGGACAAGCUUGAUGAAGAGGAAGAGAUGAGAAAAGGAACUAUACAACAAUAUCUCAACAUUGUGGAAGAGCGUCUGUCUAAGCGAUGGAGGGGAUUUGAUUGUGGUGAGCAGCUGGUUACAUUGAAUGCUAGAAUAGCAGCCAGAGUUCAAGAACUAGGAGAGACUACCGAAGACAUGAAGCAAGUGUGUGACAAGAUAUUAUCCAUGCUGUCUAAAGGAAUGGUUAAUGUGCUGAGAAAGACAUCACAGAAAGUAUACAAUUUGUUGGCACAGUUAGAGCGAAUAGUUGAGAACUAUUUGCAGAGACUCAAAAUGGGUCGAUGGAGAGACAUGAAGAUCAGAUAUGACACAAAAUGCUUACAAGAAUUUGAAAGAGUCACUUGCAACGAGGAGAUUCCGAAAGUCGAAAGGGAAAUAAGCAAGAAAAUUGACGAACUUAUUCCCCAACUUCAUGAACAUGUUUCAAAAUUACAACCACAAACAGCAUGGAAUUCUAUCACUACUAUUACCCAGGAAAAUCAGCAGGAAAUUGGCUCUGCAUCAUCUCAUUUUUUGGAAGAACGAGUGAAAUCUGGUUUUCUCAAGAUCAUAUGUGACUAUGAAGGUUAUAAAGAAAUCUGUAGGUGGGCACAAUGUGAACUUGCUGACAAAGUAGAACCUGCUGUAGUCAAAUUUAAUAUGCUGAAGAGUGACAUUGGUGGUUCUGAUACUGCAGAUGCUAUUCAACUUCUCUCCAAGCUUCGUCUAGAAUGUGAUGAUGAUAUUGGCAGAGCCAAUGUGUUGGCUAAUCUAGACAAUCAAGACUGCCUUCUUUUAGGAGCUGCUGCAUUACAGCAGCUUGUGCAACAGCAAAAAUUUAAUCUUUUUACAGAACUUCCCGCAAUGGUAGUGGCUGAAGAAUAUAAACUCUUCAGAGACCUUGUGAAUGCGUUAUUGAUUGGAGCAAGUCCACAAGUCCAAAUAAUUCAAAAGAACCUUCCCAAUCGAUUAGAUGAUUUAAAACAUCAGGUGGAAGCGACUAGAGCUCUAGAGGGCAAUAAGAAUGAGUAUGAAAUGAUACUAUCCCAAUGUCAAGUACUGAUGGGGAAAGUAGCAAAAUUUGAGCUCGAUCUAGAUAUUCACAUUUAUACACACAACCAAGUAAAACAAGAAGAGUCUGUUGGUGACAAGACGGGUGCAUUUAGUGUUGUUACCAAGGUCAUUUUGCCAGACAAAACAGAAGCUGCUCUAAAGACGAUACUAAAGCCUAUUACAAUCACAAAUGCAGAUGAUUUUAUGAAAGAAUUUUGCAACUUCAGUCAACUCCAAGACACAAAUUUAGUAAAGUUGUAUGGCUCAAUCAUGUUGUCUCCUUCACCUUGUCUAAAACUUGGACUACUGUUUGAAUGGUGUGGAGGAGGAAGUCUUGCUGACUUUAUAUCAAGAUCCCAACAACAAGCAGAAGACAAAAGAUCUAAUCACAAUGAAAAAGUUCAAAAGAUGAUGGAGCAAAUCCUGGCUGGAGUCAAAUACCUUCACGCACGUAGCAUGAUUCAUCGAGAUCUCAAACCUGAGAAUAUCAUGUUGACAGUAAACGAGGAUGUUCGAAUUACAGACUUUGCAACAUCCAAACGGCAGGCAGAGAUCACUGGUUUUCAAGUUGUUCGCGCAGAUAUCUACAUGGCACCAGAAGUGUAUGACUGUCUUCCCUAUUCGUUGUCUUCUGACAUGUACAGCAUUGGUGUUAUGAUGUGGGAGAUCUGGAAUCGAAGGAGAGUUAGAGAUUGCACAUCGUACAGAUUGCCACAAGAUAUUGUACAAUGGGUACUCAAACAAAACUUUUAUCGUUCUUGUGGACGACUAUGGGAAGAUCUUGCUAAAAGAUGCCUGAGCAAACCUACCAGACGACCAUCAGCAGAACAGGCACACAAAGAAAUUGCACAAGCUAAUCAUUAUCAUCUUCUUUUACCUUCUCAAGGCAAGUCUUCCCGUCCUCAGCAUAGAAGUGUUGAAGGGCCACACGUGUCCCAGCCAUGGUUUUUUGGUGUACUUGAUAAGGAGGAAGCCGUGAGGAUUCUAGUGAUGAGAGGAAACUUGGAUGGACUUUUUUUGGUUCGUGAAAGUUCAAGUAAUCCUGGUACAUUGGUUCUUACCAUGGUUUAUGAACAACGACAUUUUCAUUACAUUAUACAUCAGCAAUCGAGUCCUUUGUCAUAUACAAUUCAUGUACAAAAAAGAAAAAAGAAAAAAAGAGGACCAGUGUUUCCAGACAUUGUACAGCUCAUACAGUUCUACUCACAAAAUCUUGGUCUCGAGUGCAAGCUUAGAUUGAAAUGAUACAAAGUAGCAAUUAUGAAAAGAAUAUUGUAUGUAUAAUAGUAAUAAUAAUGGACAUAUAACUGCUGUAGGACGUUCAAUUUGACGUUCUUGUAUUGUUAAUUAAUAAAAAGUGCACUCGU